CAGCUCAACCUGCAGCCUGGACGGACUCAGCAUCAAACCUGUGGAAAAGAAGAAGCUUGUUUUCUGCAUUCUUUCUGUUUUCUGUAUUUUUUUUUAUUUAAAUACUUGGGGUCCAACAUCCUUCUUCUACUUGACCGCUGAUCUUCACGGUGGAUGAGCAGGAUGUUUUCUCCUCUGCGAGCUUCAGAAAAUGAACACCUCUCUGUGUGACUCUGUAGUGACCAUGUAUCAUCUGGCAGCAGAUCACCAAGUCAACGCCAGCAGCAACUGCACCUCGGCCUCCUCCAACUGGACCGCAGGGGGCGACGUGCCGCAGUUGCCCACAUUUACAACAGCAGCCAAAGUCAGAGUGAUCAUCACUUUCAUUCUCUGUGGCAUUUCUGCCUUUUGCAACCUGGCUGUGCUGCUGGCGGCACGCAGCGAUGGGAAAAGAAAAUCCCACGUCAGGGUGCUGAUUAUCAACCUGACGGUGGCUGAUUUGCUGGUGACUUUCAUCGUGAUGCCCGUGGACGCUGUGUGGAACAUCACAGUCCAGUGGCUGGCUGGGGACUUUGCCUGCAGGCUGCUGAUGUUUCUCAAACUGCAGGCAAUGUACUCCUGCGCCUUUGUCACAGUGGUGAUCAGUCUGGAUAGGCAAUCAGCCAUCCUCAACCCUCUGGCCAUCAAUCAGGCCAGAAAGAGGAACAGAGUCAUGCUGUCUGUGGCGUGGAGCAUGAGUGUAGCGCUCUCAGUCCCUCAGAUGUUCCUUUUUCACAAUGUGACCAUCAUCCAUCCUGAGAACUUCACUCAGUGCACCACAAGAGGAAGUUUCGUCAGUCACUGGCAUGAAACAGCCUACAACAUGUUCACUUUUUCCUGCCUGUUCCUGCUCCCACUGGUCAUCAUGAUCACCUGUUACACCAGGAUCUUCUGUGAGAUCUCCAAACGACUGAAAAAGGACAAUUUGCCCUCUAAUGAAGUGUAUUUGCGGUGUUCAAAGAAUAACAUCCCCAGAGCCCGGAUGAAGACUCUGAAAAUGAGUAUUGUGAUUGUCUUGUCUUUCAUUAUCUGCUGGACUCCGUACUACCUGCUGGGCCUGUGGUACUGGUUCUUUCCCGAUGACCUGGAGGGCAAGGUCUCCCACUCUCUGACCCACAUUCUGUUCAUCUUCGGGCUCGUCAACGCCUGCCUGGAUCCAGUUAUCUACGGCCUGUUCACCAUUCACUUCCGAAAGGGGUUCCGGCGGUAUUACUGCAAAGCUACCACAGCAACAGACCUGGAUAAUGACACGGUUAUAACUGGGUCCUUCACCGGUGCUGCCAAUUCUUUAUCGCUGAAAAGAGUGGUAAGCCCUGCCGCCCAGGAGAGGCUGAUGCUGUGCGGUGACAACAACAGCAAAACAGAGUCGAUGUCAGAAAGGAGCAGCUUUCUAACUGCUGACACUGAUGCAGAGAGAGAUCAGUCCAGCCCUGAGAGCAUCUUAUGAGAAGAGCAGAGGGGAGGAGGCCGUCUGAAGGUUUAUACUACUGUUAUCUAUAUAUAACUAUUAUUUAUUCAGAUUUAUUCAAUAUCUGACUGUCUGAUGUGUGAGUUUCAUCUACAUGUCAUUUCAGCCUUUCUUAAAAUGCUCAUGUAGAAAACAAAGAUCAGAAAUUACUGUCGGCUGGAAAAUGAAUACAUUUAUAAUUUCUGGAGGAGGGGAAGCUCAUAAAUAUAUACAUCAAUCAUUUUAUGCUGAUAUAAUGUGACCUGCUGUCAUUAAAGAAUGAUUAUGUGUUCUUUAAGUUGUAAUUUGUGGCUAUCUUGAAUUAAAUGUAUUUACUGAGA